AUGCCAAACUCACUGGCAGACAGCGAAAAGACGCGCAGUAGCGCAAGGACUUUGGAAGAUAGCAUUGUUGCUUUACGUAAACUUGCAGCAAAACAGGCAGUCAUUGCGAAAACACAAGCUUUUAACAUUGGAACAGAGAGCCGUGCCGGUAGGUCACAAGCAGAUGGAAAAUAAAUAUUCUUAGCCAGGACUGCUAAUGCUUUCGACGGUCAAAAGUGUAAGAAAGCUUCGACUGCGUAUGGUGAAAGUAGCCUGGACCGAAGCACACCGAUCUAGCGACAACAUCUUUUAAAUACAUUUCCUCUAAAGAAAUCCAUGUUGUCAUCGUGUAUUGGCAGAGAAAAGGGCUCAGAAGAAUACAGCCUUCAAAGGACAAACGUCCGAGAGAAUAGCUAAAACUUUUUUAUUAUUCGAAUUGUUGAAGAGAUGCAUUUUAUUGUGUCUGGGUUUUGAACAUUGUGGCCUCUUGGAUCCAUCUUCUCUUUUUAUCUGUUACUAAAUUAGGAUUUUGUUGGCUGUAGUUUUACUGCUACUGGUGUAUUGGGUGCAGCUUUCGUUCUGUAUAUCGGUUUUAAAUUAAUGCGCUGAGCUUUUUAUCUUUAGCUAUACAAUUCUGUGGAAAAUAUCGCAUGUAUACCUUUUGAAUGCUAGUCUCCGAACCGAACUAAAAUAACUGAUAUGUCUUUUAUUUGUUUUAUAUAAAACCAGUUCUGCCGCCUUCUUAUUCCUAGCAAUGUCUAGAUAAGUUUCAUUCCUAUUCAAUUCUGGGCUGUUGGUAUCCAAGUCAUUUUAUCGCUCGAAAUAAUUAUAAAAGUUUUUGAAAGAAACUUUUUUUCUGUAGUUAAUGGAAUUAUUCAAUUGCGUGUACACCAGAGAGGCUUUACAAAUAACCGUACAACCUAUCGCAGUGCCUGAAAGACGCUGACUGUGGGCUAUGGAGAUUCCGGUUGGGUUAGGAGGAGUUUGUGACUCCCCGAACACUGUGUUUCGUGGAGCUUUCCAAAACGUCUUCUAUAGCGUGCGAACUGCGUUUCAGAGUAACAGCGCACUCUGCGACACCCUAGACUUUCCAGGUUCAAAGUACAGUGUUUUGCAGAACUCGGACCCCUGGGAAAUGCGCCAAACUAACCGGCAGUUGCCCCACAGAGGACUAUGCAUUGGAACGUCGCAUAUUUCUGACACCGGCGUAAAGGAAGUCCAGAGUAUUAGCUUUCCCAGACAGACCGAUGUUUUAGCCAGAUCUAGCCAUUUUGCGAAAAGAUUACUGGGCAGCAGAAGUGAGUUCUCAUCUGUGACAAAGGCAGAUGAUGUGGAGGAGGGAGCUUACGGCUUUCUCCCUGGCUUGCAAGGCAACACGGAACAAAAAUCUUCCAUACCUAUUCCGCCCCAUCACAGAAAGGAGACUAAAACUCACGGUGACGCCCUCGUAGAGAGUAGUAAUAGCGAUAUUGCUUCUACUACCAUAUCAGAAACUGCACGGGAGCUCUGCAAAGCCGUUUCAGUAUCUUUGGGUUUGAACAUGGACCCAAAUGAGAUGAAUGACCUGGGAACAAGUCACGAUCCAUCUCUUGUUAGUGACCGAAGUCAAGAAAACUAUCUCUUUCAGAUGCAUUUAGCAGACCGUUCUGCAAACGGAACAGGUGUCACGGUAACAGACUACAAAUGCCCCAUUGCAAAUGAUGGACCAUCAGUGCAAAGUCAUGAGAAUAUUCGGAUGUUAAAGAGAGUCCACGCAAACACGACGCCUGAGGUAGUCCCUUCGCAGCAUAUUAGUGCUGCGCAUUCUAAACAGGAUGGACACGAGUCAAGGUUGAAUGCAGAGCUGAGUAACGCAACUUGCGAGGACUCCGAAAACCACAUGAAUAUGGAUGGAGGACACACUGUCUUUUGCCAGUUUGACCAAUCGGUGCGACCGAACCCAGCAGCCUAUGGUCAAAACGACCCAUUGUCAGUGGAGCAAGGCAACGUUGCGUCUCAUGGCUUGUACAAAUGUGAAGCUUUUCCUAAUGCAUCCGAAGAGAACUCAGAAGAAGUCGCUGCUUACCCGCCAGAGUAUAGAGUCAGGAUUAAGAAAGAAGUAAGCAACGAACAUGCGGACGUAUGGCCUGUCCAGUACAGAUACAGUGAUAAUGGUAAUACACCUUACGGACUCAUUAGACAAUUUACUCAUCCUCAGAAUACCGGCCAAGGUACCGGUAGUUCUUUUGCUUGUAAUGCUUAUGGAUACGGAAGAAGCUGUGGUCUGGUUGCAGAGGAUGGAGUUUCACCAGAACAAUGGUACUCAGGUGGAAUGGUGGGCAGGGUGCCAUAUACCAGUUCUUCAUGUUUGAAAAACGAGAUGGGUGACUGGAUGGAAGUACCUUACACGGACAUCAGAUUUGAGAGUGGAAGAGAAAAUUUGUUCCCGAUGGAGUACUUUUUUCCGCCUCAGAGGACGUGUCUGAUUUGUGGAGAUGAGGCCUCUGGUUGUCACUAUGGAGCACUCACAUGCGGCAGCUGUAAAGUGUUCUUCAAAAGAGCAGCUGAAGGAAAACAGAAGUACCUGUGUGCCAGCAGAAAUGAUUGUACCAUCGACAAGCUGAGAAGAAAGAAUUGUCCUUCCUGCCGCCUCAGGAAAUGUUUUGAAGCUGGAAUGACCCUGGGAGCUCGGAAGUUGAAGAAGAUUGGACAGCUGAAAGGUCUAGAAGAAGCUGGGAACCAAAACCCCAUUGAGACAGUCCAGUGCAUGUCUCCAAAGCCCAGCAUCACUACCCACACCCAGCCAGUGUUCCUGAAUAUAUUGGAGUCCAUCGAGCCAGAGGUGGUGAAUGCAGGCCAUGACAAUGCCCAGCCUGAUUCAGCAGCUUGUCUGCUCACCAGCUUGAAUGAACUGGGAGAACGACAACUGGUGAAGGUUGUGAAGUGGGCAAAAGGGUUGCCAGGUUUUCGCAGUUUGCAUGUGGAUGACCAAAUGACUGUUAUUCAGCACGCGUGGAUGGGGGUUAUGGUGUUUGCCUUGGGUUGGAGGUCCUAUAAAAACGUUAAUGCCAGAAUGCUGUACUUUGCUCCUGACCUUGUAUUCAAUGACCACCGGAUGCAUAUCUCAAGCAUGUAUGACCACUGUAUUAGAAUGAAGCGCCUUGCUCAGGAGUUUGCCUGGCUUCAGAUCACACAGGAAGAAUACCUAUGUAUGAAAGCAUUGCUUCUCUUCAGCAUCAUUCCAGUGGAGGGCCUGAAAAGUCAGACGUAUUUUGAUGAGCUGCGGACAAACUACAUUCAUGAACUGGACAGACUAGUCAGCUCUGGCAGGAAAACCUCGUCAAACUAUUCUCAGAGGUUCUUCCAGCUAACGCAGCUCAUGGAUUCUCUUCAACCGAUUGUGAGGAUGCUCCACCAGUUUACCUUCGAGCUGUUUGUCCAGGCCCAGUCAUACCCAACAAAGGUCAACUUUCCAGAGAUGAUGUCAGAGAUUAUCUCAGUGCAGGUGCCAAAGAUGUUGGCUGGAAUGGUGAAGCCAAUCUUGUUUCACAAAUAGCAACAGUGCGCAACACCAUCAGUUAACUACCUUCUGUUUCUGCUGGUAAAAUAUUUCUGGAGGAGAGCACUUUCAAGAUGCCAGUGUCCAGUAAAUUUUCAGUUUUUGCUUGUCUAAUGGCUCAAUGUACUGUACAAAACCAUUAUAUUAUUACAGUAGUUUGGCUGCUUGUCAGACACAAUUUAGAUCAUUUUCUCAAGCAGCUGGGGUUUUAGAGUUGAUCGGAAGCUAUAGGGGUCAUCUUGGUACAGUACUUCUGCAUUUCCAAGUAUUCUCUCAUGAAAUGCCCCGACAGAUAUUGAGGAAAAUAAAAUGCAAGGAAGACAGAAGUACAGUCCUUUUUACUGACUCCGUAAAAAGGAUGCUUGCAGGAUAACUACAGGUGUACAGUACAUAUCUAUGCAUAUCAUGUGGUUCAUGCAAAUACUUCCAAAGUGAAGUUGUUUUAAAAUUGCAUUUAUGCUUGCUCAACUGAAAUUGCUGUUGAUGUUAACCAAAUAAGAUAACAAUGGAUAUUUCUUAUUUUACCUGUAUGAAAAAUCUUUCAUUUCCUGCUAAAGCUGUUAAAGCAUUCACAUUUUUUCUACAAAAGUAUUUCAUGGUACAAAAGCAGGGUGUAGCAACUGUAAAUUGUAUUUACCAGAACACUUAAACUGAAUCCCAACAAGUCUCUGUUAACAGAAAACUUUUAGCAUAAACUGUACUAUAUGUUUUCAGGGCAGGGCAUAGUUGGGAUAAAAAUGGGUUUUGCUGAGCUCAGAAGGCACAAAGAUGUGAUGAUUUAUCGCACCAAUACAUAGGAGCAGAAGAUCUAUAACAUUACACCUUAACUACCUAGUCACUAGCAAAAACCUGCAGAGCAGACACAGAAAUGCAUUUAGAGAGCAGCCAUUAUCCAGAGUAAUUCUGUAAUAAGUAUCUUGAGAUCUAGUUUUAAAUUUACUCAAACUUAAAAUAAAAUGCAUUACAUAAACCUAUUUAAAAACUCAGCAGAUUUGGAAGAAAUAUUAAAAGCAAAAUUUUGCUGUUCAAAAGGUUUCCUUUUUUGAAAAGUUAAAAUAUAAAUAUCUAAAUAUAAAUGAUAGCUUAAAAGUGCUGUGUGUGUAAAUAUGUUCAAUUUAUUUUAGCUUGCUUAAGCAAACAAUCAAACCUUUACAUGUUUUAUAUUUAGACAAUUUCUAAAAAUAUACUGUAAUUUACAGUGAAAUAUAAUAUUGCUGCGCUGAAGUUAACUGCUGGUACUAAUGUCCUAAGUGGACAAGCUGUUCUUUUUUACUCUUAAAUACUGACAAAAGAUUCACUUGUACUGGUUAAGCUUUUGACAGAAUAUGUUUUUGUGCUUUAAGUCUAUUUUUGUGCUUUAAGUCUAUUAAAGUUUUCCAAUUGAUCACAGUGCUUUCAGUUACUCGCACAAAGGCAAACCGACUCUUUUACUCACUUUCUUUUGCACUACAAAUUCACAAAUUUAAAAUUCAAAUCUGGUUUAAUUCAAAACAAUUGUGUUUCCAAUUAAAACUUUAAACAAUAUUAUUUUUUUUCAAAAUGCAAUUGUUUUACGUGUUGGGAAGAGAUGACUGUUGAGACUUUCUUUCGUAGAUAAGCUUUCAGACUAUAGUAGGUUGAAGGAUAGAUAAUCUUUGAGAAGUAUGUUAUUUAAAACAAAAAAUAACUUAUUUAUUUUAAUCAGUUUAUCUGGGCAUAAUUUCUCAUCUGUUAAAAAAGAUUAGUAAAAAAUAUUUUGCUUUCUACAAAGUAAUGAAACACUUUCUGUAAAUGGAGCUGUUAAAUAGAAGUUUGGGAAGAGGUCAAAUUAAAUCUUGCAUUUUCACUCUCACACUUAAAUAUUUUGCCUGCUGAACUCCUUCACGUUCAUCUUUUCUCACAUUCAAUAUUUUGGUUUUGGCAGAGACAGACAUCUAUGUUAGACCUUAUUUUGUAACUUCUGGCUUUGUCUCACAAGCCACCCUCAUCAUUCACCUCCUCUGAGAGCAGGAAACGAGUUUCCUGCAAUCUUCUUCUUGCAAUCUCAAUCAAUCAACUCUGCAUGAUUCAAAAAUAUACAGUAUGCUCUUUUCUUCCAGUUCUCCCUAUGUUGCCACCCCUCUGUGAAACUCUGGCACAACUUUGGCCAUUUCCCAUUCUUCCCCUUUGUUUAACCCCCCUCUUUCCUACAGUCCUCUCUCACUGUCUCUGUUGAUCAUCCAACCUACUGUACCUAUGGCCCCUGCCUAUAUUCCUUGUUUUAUCUCUUCUUUUUCACAGUCCCUGUAGGACCCCUUAUUAGUCAUUGAUAUUCACUCUUCCCAAAGGGUGUGAACACACAAUGUGAGUCUGCAUUGGGCCCAAGCUCCUUGUCCUCACCCCUCGCUGGCUCCCAGUGCUCAUGUCAGUCACAAGCCCUGGCUGAUAAGUUUCUCAACCCUCUUUCUUGCUGGUGUCCAACUGAUACAGUGUCGGCCCUCAACCUUUCCCAAUCCCUCCCCACCACCCCACAAGCUUCUAACCCCAGCUUCUCAAGACUCCUGUCUGCUCUCAGGACCGUCAUUUAGUUGCUUUUUUCUUCAGACCCAUCACUUUGAAAACUUUGCUCUAGCUGAUGUCUUUUGGAGCUCCAUGUGGAAUCCAUCUUCAUCUAUUCAACUGGAUCAAAUGGACUAGCUCAAAGCAUCCACAUUCAUUUAAUCAAGCUUGAUUUCCUUAUUAAGCUUAUGUGUUGCUUUAUUCUUCUCUCCAUACUUUUCUCAGUCAGCCAUUCCACCUGGUCACCAACAGACAUCAGUAAGUGGUUACUCACUACCAGUUACUAUUUUGCUUCCCUGUCAGUUCAGAUGACCUCAGGCACUCUUUCCAGGUGGAUGUAGAGUCUUCCGCAACCCACCACAGAAUUCCUGUCUUUACCAGUCUAAGGCUUGGUAGUUCUGCUGCCACUUGUGCAUUGAAUUUUGUUCUAUCUCCUGCAUUUUAACACAAUUCUCAUUCACAAGACGCUAUAGCAUACAUUCUAAAAUUGCUUCCUCCAAAACCUUGCAUAAUCAAGCAACUCGCUGAAACAAAGCACAUACAACAAUAGCUCCAUCAUCGAAGAUUCUGCAUCUGUGUUUUUGGGCUCUUUAAAUGUUUAUUGGGAAUCUUCUGAACCUUGACUUGCAGUAUUAGCCAGGCGAGGUGACACCAAACAAUGAAAUAUUAAGGACACCAUUAUUUAUCCAUUAUUUCGUUCUAGUAAUUAGAAUAGGACCAAACUACUGAAAUGAAGAAGGCCUACAAUAGGUCAGUUGUAAUCUCACGCUUCUGCUCUCUUGCAUUUAUAUAUUUCAACUGCUAAGCUCCCUUUCCUCAUAUCUUUUCUCAAGCCCACCCCUCCAACCCACCUUCACCCUUGCAGCUUGCAGCAGGCUCCCUGGCUUAAACCUUGAAGUGAAGGUUGUCAGCCUUGCCGUUAUGUCAAAAUACUGAAAUUGUGUAUUAUUGUUGUUGAAAUUUUAAUUGUUGAUUGGACAUUUUAUUUGGAGAAGGAUAGUCUGCUAAAACACAAAUUGUGUAUCUUGAGACUUUGGUUCACAUCUCUUUACAAUAUAAAUUCAAAACCACUGCAUAAACCAGUCUGGAGAAAGAAAAACUGGAAGGCUUUGCAGAAACAGUAAAAACUAAAGUAAAACUGUAGCUUUUUUAAAUGUUUUAAAGUGAUAAAUUAUAACCAAUGAUAAACUGGUUAAAACUAAUUAAUGUUAUUUCCUCACACAAUAAUCCCACACAAUUCAAGAAACACAAAUGAUGAAAACCAUUAAAAAUACAACAUAAUAUAUUUUGGAAGCAGCUAUUUUCAGUCAUCAUUGUUUUUAAUCCAUUUUUAUCAAGCAUAAAUUCAAUGCUGAAAACUCUUGUUUUUGUGAUUGUACUUUGAAUAAUAAUAGAAACAUCUGCAGCCAAGACUUUGUAGAUAUUCCUCAAGUUCAAAUAUAUUAUUUACAGAUAUGCAUGCAAAAAACAAAUAUUUGUCAGUUUUAUAAACUACUUAAUGAUUAUUGUGCAAGAUCUAAUAUCUCAAUAUUCAUAAAAAUGUGUCUAGUGCUGAGUCAUUUGUUUAUGGUGAAUUUCUGACAGUUAAAAAAUCAUUAAUCAACCAUCCACUACAGCCUGUAAUUUGUUUUGUAAAUAAGCUAGAAAAAGAAUACUUGUUUCCAGCAGUUUUGUAUCUUAAACAGUUUUAAAGGUGUUUCAGGUCUUACAAUGUCCACAUUGUCCUCAGAAACACUGAUUGCAAAUGAUCAAGUAGAUCUCCCUAACACAGCUAUCUAAUACUAAGCAUUUUAAGUGUCCAGUGCUUUUUUAGCAGUGAAAAAACACAUAAUGACAUAUAAUCAUGCCAAAGAGGCAUAGCUUUCUCUCUCUGCACCAGCAAUAAAUGCUUGAUAAGAUUUUUUUACAUACUGCAAAAACAGGUUUCGGUGUUCAAUGUUCAAGGUUGAUCUGCGCUAAAUAUACAGUAAGUGCUUGCUUACUAGUGCAGUGUGUGUAAUUCUGUUCAGUUUAAUUUAGCUUGCUUAAGCACAAAAACAAUCAAAUCUUUACAAGUUUUAUAUUUAAAACAAUUUCUAUAUAUAUGUAAUUUACAGUGAAGCAUAAUAUUGCUUCAUUGAUGUUAAUUGUUAGUACUAAUGUCUUUUGUGAGCGAGCUGUUUUUACUCUGAAGUACAGACAGAAAAGAUUCACCUUUGUUGGUUUAGUUUUGACAGAAUUCAUCUGUGUGCUUAAGUCUCUUAAAUUUUUUAAUGAUCACUGUGCUUUCAGUUGCUCUCUUAAAAGGCUAACAGACUCUCUUACUUGUGAUCUUUUGCACUGCACAUUCACAAACGUUGAAUCCAAAAGCUGAUCUAAUUCACAACUGCAAAACAUCUCUUCAAGCUGCAUUUGUAAUUACAUGUUUUAAUUUUAUACAAAAUAGCUUCACUUAACCUUUUGGAUAGAGAUGACUUUUAAGACUUUUUUUUCUAGUUAACCUUUCAGCAUACAAAACUAACAAAUUCUCAUAAUGUAUUUAUUCUAAUUGGUUUGUAUAAGCAGACGAAUGACCAGCAUUCCAGUCAACAUAGUUUUCAUUGUAUUAAUUAAUACAAAUAGCAGCAAAAGAAAAUAUUUUGCAUCCAUAAAGCAAUGACAAUGCUUACUAUAUUUAAUGUUAUUAUUUUCUUGCAAAUUAAUGACUUCUUGAUUAGAGAUUGUAUUUGGAGAAAGAUACUCUGACCAAAAAAAGAAAAGCAAAGACAGGGUUUAUUCAUAAUAAUACGGUACACCACAAAUGAAACCUGACAGACUAAGUAGGUAGUUAUUAAGAAUGGGUUUUCAAAAGUGGCAUUGUGGCGACAACUAGAAAUAAAUGUCUUUUCUUACAAAUUACAACAUGUAGUUUGCUCAAGCAAAAAUGCAAAUGACUGUUUUUGUAUUUGAUCACAGUAUGGCAAUUGCUGGAAAAGCACACUAAAAUUGGAAAGCAGUGGUAUUUGCAUUCACCUAUUUUUCAUAAUGCUGUCCUUUUAUCUGGCAGUUGUCACUUCUCUUUCCCUCCAGUGAUCUGAUCUGGGAGUAAACUCUCUGGUAGAUGUCACAAAAGACAACUACCUUUGUACAUUCCUGGACCUCCAAUGAUGCUAUGAAUUACAGGGUAGUUCAUUUUUAUUUAUGCCUUUGCUCUGCAAUGUGUGUUUUAUAGGGUUCCCAGGAGCAAAGUGCAUCACUUAUACCCCUUAUGUAAAAUACAGGAUGUUAAGUGACAGAGACACAUUGAGACUGGCCAACUCAUUUAUUGAGAUAAUGAUAUAAACCAAAAGGGAUCAAUGCUACCUGGAGUGCCCUCCAGAAUUAUUCUUAUACUUUUGACUAAAUAGAAAGAAAAAAACAUAAAACAACAGAAAGAUCCACAGAUUGGCUAUUGUAUUCUAGUUAAAAAUUCAAGACCUGUCAUGCUGCAUGCUGUUAAUAACAUGGUACAGAGCAAGGUCAUAUUUUUGAUGUAUAAUUUAAAUCAAGAAAACAUGAAGGUCGCAUUUAUUUGCACAUAUUUUGUAAAUGCUCUUCUGGAUUAGAUAGUAAGAUGUCUCAUAUAUGUGGUAUGAAGUUCUAACACAACCUAAAUUAUUUUUUUUUAAUGAAAUUUAAUGUUUUCAACCUGCUGGAAUUGCUAUAGGGCUUUCAAACUAUUUGGUUUUUGUUUGUGAACUGCCUCAUUGACUUCAAACCACAAAUGUUUGAGCUCAUAAAAUAGAGCUCUGGAGAUUGAGAUGGAGAGUCAAGAACAUUUAUUUUCUGUAUAAUUAUCCAUUUCUUGGUUGAAUUGGAUAUGUGAUUUGGAUCAUUGGUAUGCUGGAUUGUCCAUUUUCUUAUGUGUUUGCAUUCAGAUUUUUGUGGAGCACAAUAACCAUUCGUUAAAAGUUAGUUCAGGAGGAAGGUGAGAUCCUAAUCUCACACUCAUCCACACCCCUACAAAUAUAUGUCUUGCACACACACACAGGACUUUCUUUCAUGUACAGUAGCUGUCUGGCCCUCCACCCUCUGGCCCUCUUUGUCUAUCUGUGGAUAAAUGUGACUUUUACGUUUUCCAGGAGUGCAGUAUGGCUCUUGUAGAUGAAGACAUUUGUUGGAAACUGGAAUAAUUUGAGGAUCUUUCUCCAAAUCCUGACCUUCAGAUGAUCCAUUUUAAUUGUAUCCAUAGAAAUGACUUAACUACUUGUAGAUGUUUCCCCAAUGGAAAUUAUUGACACAAUGAGGUAUGUUCUUUGCUUUCAGGGAGCAACAGGAACCUAUUUCCAUAUGAUUUGGAAGUGUUCAGAUAUUUAUAUAUUUUGGUGUAAAUCUCCUCCAGUUCACUCCUACUACAGUUAUCUGAUGGGGAUACGAGAGUUCUGUGGGGAGUCAAGGAUAGAGGAGGUUUCUUGGAUGGCAGACUGGGGGGAAGGGAAGGGAGAGGCAAAGUUGUUAGAAUAAGAUUUUGCUAUUCCCUGUGCUGUUACUUAUGUUGUCUUUUUCUUUUUUCCCAAUCAAUGACAUCAAAUUUGUUACAAGAAAGAAUGGGUUGUCAAACUAACUUGGCUAUAAGCAACUGCAAUCAUUGUUGCAGUUGUUUACCUACAGUAUUUGUUAACAUCUCAAUAGUGGCUUGAUUCGAACGCUUUACUUUUAUGUUCGGUGUAAGCUUAAAAACAUUUUUUUAUAGCAAAAUAAACAAAAUUGCCCCUUUUAUCACUAAAUAGACCUCUAUUCUAACUCUAAAAAUGUUAAACUAUGCAAAAUUAGACUUCUGUAGAAUGAAAAAAGUAAUUAGAAAAUACAGCACCUAUGCCAAGGAAUGAAAGCUUAACCUUUUUGACAACAUUAUCAGCUGAAAUCUGUGAUUAAUACCACUAUCUAUAAUGUGGACUUGAAAUUCUGAAAGUUUUGGUUCUCCAUUCGUGCAUGAAAAGGCAGGAACAAAAUAGGCUUUUAUAAAAUUGGAGAAAAAUUAUACAGUACAUGUAGUCAAAAUUAAAGUGACCUGAAAUAUGAUAUGUUAUGUUCAGUGCAAUCUGCAUGUGUUGUAGCAUGGCAAAACAAAUAAUAUAAAAAAAAUAAGAUUGAGACAAGCCAAAACUUGCAUUUGCUUGGACUGAAUCUCUCAUUUUUGUCACUUUUUCUUUUUAAUAAAAAAGUGGAAAUCGUUAUAAAAUUGCAUGAUAAUACAAAGUGGAGUCUUUAAAAUAACUAUUCUUACAUUUGUCUUGAAAAAGCAGCAAUAAAGGGGUUUAAGUGUAAUGAAGUUUAUGAAUUUGAUUUUUUCAAUAUUUUAAUGAUAUACAUGUAAGCACACAUUAGACUUUUAACAAAUGACAAAUUGUAACAAAUUUAGCAAGGUACUGAAAAUUGUGUCAUUAUACUCAGUACUCAGUACAGCUUAAUACAGUAUUUCAUACCAUUUGCUACCUACUUUUUAUGAAACCUUAUUUUAUUUCUUAUCCUUUGUAAACUGUUUAUAAAUUUUCAUUCGUUUAAUUAUUUUAAUAAAAAUGGUGUCCAGUUUUAUAACUCUUCUCUUAGAGAAUAAACAAAAUUAAAUAUAAUACAUGAUUUAAAAGCAGGAUUUUGUUUUAGGUAUAUAUUGGGAAAUAGGACUUUUUUUAACUUGAGCUUUGCUUUGAUUUUACCCUGCCAGAGCUAAAGAAAAUUUCAAUCAAGACUUUUUAUGCUGUAAAUUAAAUUUUUCUUCCGAGCAGUUGUUAGUAAAAUACAUAUAUUAAAACAGACCAUGAAUAAUAAUUGAAAGGCAUCUUUUUGUUGAAGUUCACAACUGAUUGAUAUAUGUAGUCUGUAAUUACCUGGUUUCUUUGAGUGGAUCAGUGACUUUGUAUAUGUGUUACCAAUUAGAAAUAUACUUAUUUUUUAUUUUUGUUGUUUAAUGCUAAAAACUAUUCUGAAAAUGUAUAAAGACAUUUUUUCUUAACUACCUACUGUGGUACUGAAGAAGAGAUUUUAUAUACAGAGAUUUUUUUUCUUAUUGUUGCAAUGAUAAAUUUGAAAAAAAAAAAAUGAUUCCAGAUACAGUAUAUGGGCAGAAAGCCUACCUACCUAAAUGAAAUUUGCUACCUACUUAGUAAAAAAAUUAUUCAGAAUAUUUUGUGUGUAAAAAUAAUUUUGUGCAAAACUGUGUAAUUUUGGAGUUCUAUGUUAAACACCCAUUAUCAAAAUUGUAAAUUUACUGCUUCUGUCUUCAGCUGGAAUAUUUUAAUUUCAUGUAUACUGUAAACACUGUUUCACAUGAUUGGUUUUGUUGUUUACUUGUUUCUCUGCAUUUGAUUAAACACUGUCAAAUAAUG